UGCAGGUUUUAGUUGCAUAGUGAUACGACUGAAGGUACGGAUCAGGAUCCCGACGUCACGUUGAUGUGGGUUGGUUAGGCAAGUUCUAUCGCGUGGUUAUCGUGAACGGUCGUGAAGGUAGUAUCAAUGUGGCUGAAGCAAGUUUAGGCUUUCGUUCUGUUAGGCUGCGAGUGAGUAUUUAACGUGUGCUGAAAAGUAAACUUCAUUCGCAAAAAAUGUCUGAAAGCGUAUGUAUUGUGAACGGAAAUGUCGAAGGCCUCAGUGGAAAUGCCAACGGCCUUGGAAGUAAAUGUGGCCAUUCGGAAGAGCCCCCCAAAACUGCAAAGCAGUUGCAAAAAGAAGCAAAGAAGAUAGCAAAACUUGAUAAAUUUAAACAGAAGAAGGAUAAGCAAAAGGAUGCGCCAGUACAAACGAAAGAAAAAGUCGAGAAGAAGGAAAAGAAAAAGGAAGUGAGAGAGGCAGCCAUAUACAGCAUUCCAACACCAGAGGGAGAGAAGAAGGAUACAACGUGUCCUAUGCCUGAUGCGUACAGCCCACAGUUUGUUGAAGCAGCAUGGUACAGUUGGUGGGAGAAGCAGGGGUUCUUCAAGCCAGAGUAUGGGAGGAAGAGUGUGCUAGAAGCCAAUCCCAAAGGGAAGUUUGUGAUGGUGAUUCCUCCUCCAAAUGUGACUGGUUCAUUACAUCUUGGCCAUGCUCUUACAAAUGCAAUUCAGGAUGCACUUACAAGAUGGCAUCGAAUGAAAGGGCGAACUGUCCUUUGGAAUCCUGGCUGUGACCAUGCUGGUAUUGCAACACAAGUUGUGGUUGAGAAGAAAGUCUGGAGGGAAGAGAAUAAGACUAGACAUGACAUGGGACGAGAGAAGUUCAUUGAAAAGAUUUGGGAAUGGCGUAGAGAGAAGGGUGACACAAUCUAUCUGCAGUUGCGCAAGCUGGGUUCCUCUUUUGAUUGGACAAGAGCCCGUUUUACUAUGGAUCCGCAGUUGUGUAGAGCUGUGACUGAAGCCUUUGUCCGGUUGCAUGACGAAGGGGUUAUUUAUCGUAGCAAUAGGCUAGUGAACUGGUCUUGCACAUUGAAAUCUGCUAUUUCUGAUAUUGAGGUGGACAAAAUUGAGUUGAGUGGUCGCACAUUGCUCUCAGUACCGGGCUACACGGAGAAGGUGGAGUUUGGCGUGUUGGUCUCUUUUGCAUAUACAGUGGAAGGUGGUGAGGAUGAGGUGGUGGUGGCCACUACACGUGUGGAGACCAUGUUGGGAGAUACGGCUGUUGCAGUGCAUCCUGAAGACACACGUUACAAGCAUCUGCAUGGCAAAUUUGUUGUGCAUCCUUUCUGUGAUAGGAAACUGCCAAUUGUGUGUGAUGACUUUGUGGACAGGGAAUUUGGCACAGGUGCUGUCAAAAUAACUCCUGCGCAUGAUCCCAAUGAUUAUGAUAUUGGCAGACGUCACAAUCUUCCUUUUAUCACUAUUUUUAGUGAUGAUGGAUAUAUCAUUGGUGAUUAUGGAAUGUUUUCUGGUAUGAAAAGGUUCCAUGCACGUAAUGCCAUAACUGAGGCUUUGAAGGAAAGAGGAUUAUAUCGAGAAACUGUAAACAACCCCAUGGUGGUUCCAAUUUGUAGCAGAUCAAAGGAUGUGGUUGAACCACUCAUCAAACCACAGUGGUAUGUCAGAUGUGAUGAAAUGGCAGAAUCUGCAAAAGAAGCUGUAAGAAAUGGUGAGCUGAAGAUCAUUCCUGAACACCAUACAAAAAUAUGGUUCCAUUGGAUGGAUAAUAUUAGGGACUGGUGUGUGUCGAGACAGCUGUGGUGGGGUCACAGAAUUCCAGCAUAUUUUGUUGCUGUGGAUGAUGCCUCCAUUCCAGCAGGCAGUGAGAGUGAUAAUGAAUACUGGGUCAGUGGACGUAACAGAGAAGAAGCACUGGAUAAGGCAUGCAAGAAAUUUGGAGUUCCAAGUUCAAAGAUCACACUGAAGCAGGAUGAAGAUGUCCUUGAUACAUGGUUUUCUUCAGGCCUGUUUCCAUUCUCCAUAUUUGGUUGGCCAGAUGAGACAGAUGAUCUUAGAGCAUUUUAUCCAGGAACUCUAUUGGAAACAGGACAUGAUAUUCUUUUCUUCUGGGUUGCUCGGAUGGUGUUCUUUGGCCAGAAGCUCUUGAAACAACUUCCAUUUCGGGAAGUAUACCUCCAUCCAAUUGUUCGAGAUGCUCACGGUAGGAAAAUGAGCAAGUCCCUUGGCAAUGUGAUUGAUCCAAUGGAUGUGAUCACAGGCAUCACAUUAGAGAAACUUCAGCAGCAGCUUCUUGGCAGUAAUCUGGAUCCAAAAGAAAUCGAGAAGGCUAAAGAAGGACAGAAGCAAGACUACCCAAAUGGCAUACCAGAAUGCGGUACUGAUGCGCUGAGGUUUGCACUUUGUGCAUACGUAUCACAAGGCCGAGAUAUCAAUUUGGACAUCCUUCGUGUUCAGGGAUACCGAUUCUUCUGUAAUAAAUUGUGGAAUGCAACGAAAUUUGCCCUCACGUAUUUGGGUGAUGACUUCAGACCUGAUCAGAAGAUUCAGAAUGUAAGAUUAGGAAGAGGACAUGAGAGAAAUGAAUGCAUCAACUCAUCUAGGUUGGGAAAUGUUGAGUCUGUGGUUUCAGACUGCUUGCAGCAUAAAGAAGUGUUGCAGCUGAACAGAGCUCUGGAAAUUUUGAAUUUGCACCUUGCAGAUAACAGUUACAUAGAUGGAUUCACCCCAUCCCAUGCUGAUUGUGCUGUAUAUGAAAGUUUGAGUGAGAAUGUUGAUGUGUGUGAUACAGGCAUUAGAGGAAGGUACCCACAUUUACAGAGAUGGUUUAGGCACAUUGGUAGUUUUGGCGAAGACAGAAGUUGUUUCAGAUCAUCUGAACUUGGAAGCAGCGGAUGCAAGGUUGUUGGAAAUGAGACAGCAAUGGACCUGUGGAUGCUUAGUCGCAUAUCAGCAGCAGUGGAUCAGUGUAACAAGGGAUUUGAAAAUUACGACUUUCCAAUGGUUACAACUGCCUGUUACAAUCUUUGGUUGUAUGAACUUUGUGAUGUAUAUCUUGAGUGCCUGAAGCCAGUGUUUCAGAGCAAGGACACGACAACUGUUCUGACAGCCAAGACAGUCUUGUACACCUGUCUUCAUGUGGGUCUUCGCUUGCUCUCACCGUUUAUGCCAUUCAUUACAGAAGAAUUAUUUCAAAGGCUUCCACAUAUACCUGGACAGGAUGCUCCUAGCAUCUGUAUUGCACAGUAUCCAGAUUUAAAUGAGUGUCCAUGGAGAAAUACUGAAGUGGAAUCUCAAGUUGAAUUUGUGCAGAAGAUUGUGCACAUUGUUAGGUCUGCAAGGUCAGAUUACAAUCUUCCAAACAAAACCAAAACUGAAGUGUACAUGGUGUGUUCUGAUGAGAUAGCUGUUGUUCUGCGGAAAUACUGUUCUGCCAUGUGUACCUUGGCAUAUUGUUCCAAAGUGGAAUUCAGCAUGUCUCCACCACAGGGCUGUGCCAUACUGACACUGUCUGACAAGUGCGAGGUGCACUUGUUGCUAAAGGGACUGAUUGAUCCAGCCAAGGAGCUAGUGAAACUUCAGAAGAAACAGGACCAACUUGAGCAACAAGUAAGCAAGCUGAAGCAAGCAAUGGCUGCUCCAGACUACUGCACCAAAGUUCCAGAGGAAGUGCGUCUGAGCAACACUGACAAACUGACACAGACAGAAGGGGAAUUACUACGCCUUCUGUCUGCUAUGACUUCACUUAGAAGUAUGCAAUAAUUAUUUGUUGUAUCUCAUAAAUAUAAAAGUAUUACUGAUCAAGGGAACUGGUUCACAGGUGUUAUGGUCACUUGUACAAACAAAUUUCAGUAUUCAGAAUUACUGGGGUUUUGGAGUUUCUCCAUUGGCCAGUAUUCUAAAAACUGGAAAACAGAUCCAGUUUC